AAUGGCUACAAAAUAUGGGAAAAUGUGCUUAUUGGUUAAGGCUUUGCAUUAAUUUAAAGGGUAAGUGUUGUGUUUAAAGAAACUGCAAGGAUAUAAAAUAUAUAGAGUACCUAUGUAUAUAUAUAAUUCCGAAUAUGUAGAAUGUGACAUGUAACUUCCUUCUUUAACAACCGUAAGUUGCAACAACUGUUGAUUAAAAAUAAAUGAAAGAAGGAGCUUUGACCCAAUUUAGACAAGCUCUAAGGAUGCGGAGAUCGAGCUUCUUGUGAUUACGCCGAAAGCUUUCAGGAUGUGCGGCAGGACUCCUUGCGAUUAAGCUCGCAUUCGGCGAACUUUUCGGAAAUGUCUUAUAAAAGAUGCAACACUGCAAAGCUCGCCAGCGCAAAAGCUUCCGCUGAAAGAGAGGACGGGCUGCAACCCCUUGAAGGAUAAUGCUGCGGAUACCCCCCCGUGCGGGUAGUGGAAUGGGCUUUUCGGAGUCAACAAUAAAAUUUUCAGUCAGCUUUCAGACGCAGCAGCCACAGCAGCACCAGCAGUCAGCAGCAGACGCAGCAGCAGCAGCAGCAACCGCUGCAGGAUUAAGCGGUCGCUUCAACGAGGAGCAGCAGGAGUAGAGAAUUUUUGCAUCAGAAUGCGGAGUCGCACGGAACUGGUGACCACCACUUUCGAGGAGAGCGACGAGGAUGACUUUAGUCCGGACGAUUCCGACUCCGAGGAGGACUGGCGACCCACCAAGAAGCGUCCCUCCAAGCCAUCUGCCACCGAUGGCGGCAGGAAGCGCAAAUCCGUGGCAGCCACUGCCUCCAAGGCAAAGCGCCGCAUGACCAAAGUGAGCGACGAGGAGUCCGACGAGGAGGAUGACCUAGAAACCGAUCCCAGUGACGAUGACUUUGACUACCCAUCGGCCAGCACCUCAAAGCGACCGCAGAGUCUGCCGCCCAAGAAGCAGUUCGUCAAGUUGAAUCAGCUGGAUUUGCUGGUUAAGAAGUCGGAUCUGAUGGCAAGCGACUGGCUGAAGAACAAUCGCUUGUGUCUGUGGCGCAAGGAUGAGCAGACGAAUCUACUCCAGAAGUAUCUGCGGGUCAAGUCGGCCGCCGAGGAGGAGGAGCUGCUCUUCACCUCCAGCUCUGUGUAUUCCAGUUGGGACGAUCAGCAGACGAGCGACUUCAUAGAGGUCAAAGUCAAUUGCUUGGAUCCCAACAAUCGACGCAUAAAACUACACGAUCUGGAGGCGCUUAAGAAAAUCUCCGUGGAACUGCAAUCAGAGCGAAAUCAGAAGUCGACAUCGGACAAGGAAGACGCUUCGGAGGCGGAGGAGGAGAAGCCAAAUGAGGCUGAUGCUUAAGAACCUACUAACUAUACACAGAACUAACAUUUUCAUUAGUAUUUACAACUAGUUGGCCAAGUUAGCGUUAAACA